UGGCGCAGUUCAAAUGUAGGGAGAGUCACAGUACACAUAAAGACCAGCGCGUGUCAACACGUUGACUGAUUCCAGAGGGAACUGUGUUGGAAUAUUACAACUAUAUUCCUUUCGGUUUAUAAAGAAAUCAUUUUUUAUUUUUAGGCACUUCAUUAAGGUUCUGCUGUAAAGUGAAGUUCCUAACACGCAUGGGAACAUGUCAGGAGUGUGUCAGGACCGAAGCAGCCGGUGGCAGAGUAUUGAGAAAGGUCUGCAGUUCAUCCAUUUGAAUACACACCUUCCAGCCAAUCAGAAGUCUACCCUCCCGUUCAAUGGCUCUGAGCAGGAUUAUGAGCUGUUUCUUCAGGACCUGGUGAGGAAUCUGUUCGGGGAGGGCAACGAUGUGUUCAGUGAAGGAGACUGGGCACGAUCUGUCGAGCUCUACACCGAGGCUCUCGGCGUAUCCGAAUACGCAGAAUCGGAAUACAUCAACAUACCUUGUGAAACGAGGGAGAGGCUCCAUGCUAACCGUGCUGCAGCCUACAUACACAUUGGCCACCAUGACCAAGCCUUGGAGGACUGUGAGCAAGCUCUCCAGCUGAAUGAAAACAAUUACAGAGCACAGUAUAGGAAAGCCCGAUGCCUUAAAGAGUUGGGGAGACACCAGGAGGCCUACGACGUAGUUGCUAAAUGCUCCAUGGCAGUGCCUCAGGAUGCCAGAGUGAUUGAACUGACACAGGAGCUUGCCAAAAUAUUAGGAUUGAAAAUCCGUAAAGCCUAUGUCAGAGGCAAGCCUGCCUUAAACGUUUUAUCUGGACCCAGUGCAUCAGGAGCAACAAAUGAAAAGUUUUCUCAGAGCUCUUCUGUAGAAGACAUUGAAAUAGAUGAGUGUUCGUUUCCUCCAGUUGCUGGCGCUUUGUUGCCAGUUAACAUGCCAGUGUGUCCACCUGGGAGUCAGACAACUGAAGUGGAACCUCAGCCUGUACCUGUUCAUAUAAUAUCCAGCGUAACCCCUGCUGAGCUGCCAAACCCUGAGCCUGUUCCUCUGGCUCUGCCUGCAGUAAAUGGAUCCAAGCCCAACGAUUCUUUUUCACAGCUAGACUUGGAUGGAGAGAUUUUAGGAGAUGAUCUGGAUGAACUGCUGGAUAAAGCAGCUCCAGCUGACCCUCCCUUGGGCAUUCCGACAGUGACGGAUCCCCUUCCCUUAACAAGCAGUAUCGGUACUUCCAGUUCGAUGGCCUCAUCUCUUCAGUCGCACCCCUUCAUACUCAUGACUCCACAGUGCACCGUGACUCUGCCUGCACCGUAUCACAAACCCGGCGCAUCCAGCUACUCCUUCGGCCUGGACACCUUCUCCUCGCAGCUGGAUUCGCUGGACAGCUUGUCCAUUUCAGAUUCCCAGCCAGAACCAGCCUUUCCGCUGGAGACAGGUUUCAGCCAGCAUUCUUUUAUGAUGGGCAGCAGCGAGAGAACCUUGCCCCCAAUACAACCCCUGGGAAUGAAGUACAGCAUGCCAGAAAGCAGCAUUUAUGUGCAGGAGCUUCCACAGCAGACAGAUAUCUCCAUGAACCCACUCGCUGAAAGCCAUGAGUUUAAACAAGCCUGCUCUAUGUGCUACGUUAAAACCGGUCCCGGGGUACUAGACUACUCCUAUCAGAACGAUGACCAUAAAUGUAGGAAAGAUUUGCUCAUGGGAAGAAUCAAACACUCGGAGAAUCCGACGUGGAAAUUGAUUCGACCGAGACCUACUAAAAAUCAGUACAUGGGGCUUUAUUAUAUUUGCAAAGAUGUCGCUAAUGGAGAAGAAUGUAAGUACCCUGGUCACUGCACAUUUGCUUACUGCCAAGAAGAAAUCGAUGUCUGGACUCUGGAGCGCAAGGGCUUAAUCUCCAGAGACCUGCUCUGUGAUCCGAGCGGAAGCCGAGCAAAGCUUAAUUUGACCGUUUCCAAAAUCCUACAGGAGCACCAAGGGAUAUUUCUGUUCCUCUGUGAGGUGUGCUUUGAUCACAAACCAAGAAAAAUCAGCAAACCCGGUGUCUGCUCUCAUCAAGUGAAACCGCAUGGGUUUGAUCAGAAUAAGUGCCUCGUUCAUCUGUUGAGGAACCCUACGCUGAAGUACUCCAAAAUUCGCCAAUACCAUCUGCAGUGCCAGCUGGAUCUGUGUCGGCACGCGGUGCGCUACGGCUGCCAGAGAGAGGAUUUCUGCUUCUUCGCCCACAGCUUCAUCGAGCUCCAAGUGUGGAUAAUGCAGCGUGAGCAAGGUAUUACACAUGAAGCGAUUGUCCAGGAGGCAAAGAGGUUGUGGAAUAUUGAGCACAGCUCACAAGAACAGGAGCUGCAGGCCGUCCUGAAGUUCGGACCUCCGAAUCUUAAACUGCAGUUUGUGUGUGGGCAAUGCUGGAGGAACGGUCAGCUCACUGAGCCUGACAAGCAGAAGAAGUACUGCAGCGCUAAAGCCAGACACCCCUGGUCCAAAGAUAGACGAGUGGUUCUGGUGAGCUCGGUGGAAAGGAGGAAGUGGAUAGAAGUGCGCCCUCUCCCUACGAGGAAGCCUGCACCUGCUCAGUUUGAGAUUUGCCUGCACGUGGCUGCGGGUAAGAAAUGCCAGUAUAUUGGGAACUGCACUUUUGCCCACAGCGUGGAGGAGAAAGAUCUCUGGACCUAUAUGAAAGAUAACAAUAUUGCAGACAUGGAGCAGCUUUAUGAGAGUUGGCUUCAGUUUCAGAAGCCAGGCAGUAGUGACGAGAGCUCGAGAAAGGAGAAUGGGAAGCAAAUUCACAUGCCUACAGACUACGCAGAGGAAGUGGCUGGUAACCACUGCUGGCUGUGUGGGAAGAACUGCAACAGUGAGAAACAGUGGCAGCAGCACAUCACCUCAGAGAAGCAUAAGGACCGCAUGUUCAACUCGGAGGACGACCAGAACGGCUGGCAGUAUCGCUUCCCUACAGGGGUUUUCAAAGUCUGUGAUCGGUUCCUCAAGGGCACGUGCUCUGAUGGAGAGAGGUGCACCAUGGCCCACGGCGAGGAGGAGCUGAAGGAAUGGAUGGACCGCAGAGAAUUUCUUUUGAUGAAACUUGCCAAAGCCCGAAACGAUCACUUGAUAUCGCCCAAUGAUAACGACUUUGGCAAAUAUAGUUUUCUGCUUAAAGACAUUAAGUAAACUUCAUUAAUGAAUUGAAAAACGUGCCAGAGAUGUUUUGAGAAUGACGUGUCAGGGAUGCAGUAUUGAAGCGGACAAGCUUCAGUUAGAGAGAGAGCGCACACAGCCCUCUUUUUUUUUUUCCUCUGGUUGAUGUUAAGGGUAAAACACGGAGCUGGUUUAUUUAGCACGUUCUGCUAAACUAUGGCUGCGUACAUUUUAACAUUUUAACACAGAGUAAAAAAAAAAAACAAACAAACACAUAAUGUUUCCUGUUCCAGCUCAGUAAGUGUUAAACAACGGGCCUCUUAACAGAUUCCAUCAACUUGUAGGCAGGCCAAAGACACCAAAGAAAGAAAGAAUACAGUAUAAAUGAUUUAAUAGAAUUAUAUUUGAUCACAUGAUCACAACAGGCUCUUGGGUUGGAUUCUCCUCAUAUAUAUUUUAAUUUGCAGUGACUAUUUCUUUUUAUUUAUUUCCUGGCUUCAUCAUUAUUUUUUAUUCCCUGCUGUUAGAUUUUGAAUUAUCCUGUUUAUCAUUUCUGGUAGUUUAUUAUUAUUAUUAUUAUUAUUAUAUAUCUGUCAUGUGACAGGAGCCUGAGCAACGAUAAAGCUUAAGCAGCAACUGAGAGUAAGCAGCUCUGUUGUUUCUUUGAUCAUUUUGAGCCUAAAAAUGGAAAUGUUUUCUAGCUUUUUGAAUUUCCCUUUUUUUCUGUUCUGAUUCAGCGCCAGUGCUGUUACUACGCAGUAAUGUUUAUACUUUCGCGUGUAAGGCAGUCAGUAAGAAUGAACCCUUGAGGUGCUGCACUUUCGUCCUUCUUUUAGUCAUUAUUAUUAUUAUUAUUAUUAUUAUUGCUAUGGAAACACACACACAGGUAGUGUAUGUUUCGCUUGGCAACGAGCAAACACCUCUCACUGUAGAAAAGCGUGUUUUACUGCCUUGUUUGUCUGACCUUUACGUAAUGUUUUAAACACAAUCUUCUUUCCAUAACACUCGGUACCGUCAGUGUAAAUGCCACAUCACUCUCAUAAAUGCCUCGUCCUGCUAUAAAGAAAGAAAUCACUCCACACUUGACAUUGCGUAAAUCACUGAUAUGGUCUGUAACAGUUCUCAGUAUUUAAUAUGAACAUCCUGUUUAAUGUCCAUGACACUCGCGGUGUGAGGAAGCAACACUGAAUUAUAGCAUUGUUUUUGCAUGUUUUAAUAAUGUCUAAAAAGAGAAAUGGUUAUUUUUAUAAGACCAGUACUUUAGGUAUGUCGAUGAAAAGUGUUACUCCUAAAAAUCCAGGAUCUCUAGACCCCCACGAGACCUACAAAAGGGCCAGCGUCUGUUCAGCCAAGCAGUUCCUUCAGUAUCUUAGCCUCCAGUCAGAUAUUUUCUGAGAUUAUAUUUUAAAUAUAAUUUAAUAUAUAAAUCAUGAUCCGGGUUCAAGGAGUUUUUCCACAGAGUCUCUGACGUAAUCACGGCAUUGCGCUGUGUCUUUAGUGUUGUUCACUUCGUCGAGCCUCCUGUCAAGCGGCUUUUGUCCGGUUACUUUUACUUUUCUCCCCUGCCCCCCCACCCAAAACGAAACACCUAGGAAUAUCUCGUUCGAGGUCCUUGCUGAAAGAUGCUUCAGUGCCUGGGAGCAUAUAGAUCUGAACCCUGAACCCUGAGUCACAGCAGCUGGGAGAUGGAUUUUGUUUUGUUUUCUUUUCUUUUUCUCUGCUUGACUGAUCCAGACUAAUGUAUGAAUAAAACGGAACAUGUUUCUAA